GCUUUAAUGUAAGGGCAUGCACCAUCUCCACUUUCAUGCUGUUAUGUCAUAAAUGGAAGACAUAAAAGAAUUGAUGUUGUCAAGAACGUGGAGAAUAGCAUUCAUAAUUGCAGCCCUCUAUGUGGAUGCACAGAAUGCGCAGGUGGUGCCUGCCUUGUUCAUCUUUGGUGACUCUCUGGUAGACGUGGGCAACAACAACCACAUACGACUAUCCCUCCUCAAAGCAAAUUUCCCUCACAAUGGUGUGGAUUAUCCUGGUGGGAAAGCAACUGGCAGAUUCAGCAAUGGUCUAAACUCUGCAGAUUUCUUAGCACAGAAGCUUGGUUUUACUGGGAGCCCACCUCCAUAUCUUUCCCUUCAAGGUCAAGCAAACAUCAAUAGCAGUAUUGUGAAAGGAGUCAAUUUUGCUUCUGGAGGAGCUGGAAUUCUUGAUGAAAACAGUGGGGGAAGUCUUUCGACAAACAAGCAAGUGGAAUACUAUUCAACAGUGUACGGAAAUCUAGUAGCCCAACUGGGCAGCGCGGAAGCUGAAAAGCUGGUGGCAAAGUCUCUGUUCUUGGUGGUGAUUGGAAGUAAUGACUUGUUCGGCUUUUUCAAAUCAAAUUCUAAACUGCCAGCCAAGUAUACCCCUCAGCAGUACACAGAUCUUCUCAUUUCCACCUUCAAGGGUCAAUUGGAGAGGAUAUAUAAUCUGGGAGCACGAAAGAUUGCUACCGUGGGAGUUGGAGCCAUAGGCUGCUGCCCAUCUCAACGCAGUCAGAAGAAUAAAACAGGGGAUUGUGUUGAGGAGGAGAACAAUAUGGCUCGAAACUUCAAUGCUGGCUUAAAAUCCCUCCUCUCUUCUCAACUAACACCGAAUCUGCAAGGCCUCACUUAUGCAUUUUGUAACACAUAUGGAGUGGUGUCCAGCUACUUUCAGAAUCCCUCUGUAUACGGUUUCAAAGAUGUGGUGAACGCGUGCUGCGGGGCAGGAAAGCUGAAUGGCCGUGUGGCUUGUCUACCAGUAGUGAAAUACUGUUCAAACAGGGGAGAAUACUUGUUCUGGGAUCUCUACCAUCCCACCCAAAUCGCGUCUCAGAUGCUCGUCGACGCUUUCUAUGAGGGAUCUGCCGAUCAAGUCUCUCCCAUUAAUGUUAAGCAGCUUAUAUCCACCUGAAUUUAACUGUCAUGGAAUUUUGCAGCAUGUCUAAUCCCCCUGAAGGAGUGUUACCUAUAUGAUUAUGCAAGGAACUUUUCUUUUUUGACUCUAAAGCUUUUUAUA